AUGGGGGACAACGAAAACGGUUCUUUGCAAACUUUUCUCAUUUCGGCACCUGCGCCAUUUAUGCCUGUUCCGGGGAAACAAGUAAUUCCGUGGACUCAGUGGAAACGUAUGUUUCUGAAUUACCUACUCGCUUCAGAUGCAGAAUCGGCUACACCAGAACGAAAAAAAGCCAUAUUGUUACAUUCGCUCGGAGUUGAAGGCCAGCGUAUUUUCUAUUCAUUACCGGUAACGGCCGAAGACGCCGAUAACCCGUACAUUCAGGCUAUGAAAACAUUGGAUAAACAUUUUUGUCCGAAGGUAAAUGUGGUUCCUGAACGAUACCGCUUUAGACAACGAGCACAGUUACCCGGUGAAUCGGUUGAUUCCUACAUUUCAGCGCUACGAGAGUUAGCUACGACUUGUGCUUUCCGAGAUUUUGAGAAUGAAAUGUACCGUGACCAGUUGGUUGAAAAAACCAAUUCAACGCGAAUUCGAGAGCGAUUAUUGUUGGAGUCUAACUUGGAUAUUGAUAAAGCAAUGGAAAUCGCAAGACAUAUCGAGAAUGCAGUUAAAGAUGCAAAGUCUAUGUCUGCACCGACGGGAAAUGACAGUUACACAUUUAAAGGUGCAUGUUCCAAAAUUAACACACAGAAGAGACAAUACAGUAAACCAAAAACUCGGAACAUUCAGUGUUUCAGAUGCGGAUCCAAUCAACAUUUGGCGAACAACCCAACAUGCAAAGCCAAGAAUAUGAGAUGUUCAUCCUGCAAGAAAAUGGGACAUUUGCAAGUUGUUUGUAAAAGCAAAAGUGCAGUUCGACAGCUUGAGUGUGAACAACCAAGUGAUACGAGUUCCGAGGGACCCAGCUUCGAAGUGUUGGCAACUGACAAAGCAAGUGCAAACAAGAAAGUAGUUCAGUGUGACAUUUCGGUUAAUUCUGUGAACUUAAAACUUGUUGUUGAUACAGCGUCUGAUGUGUCUCUUAUGUCACUGAAACUUUUUAAGAAACAUUUUGACACAAAUGCAAUAGAACAGUGUAAGGCUAGCAUUACUAGUUAUUCCAACCACAAGGUAGGAGUAAUAGGUAGCUUUCAUGCAAUGGUUUGCUUCAAGGGUCAGGUUUCACAAGGCACAUUUUACAUUGUACAGUCAGGUACCAGUCUACUGGGUAAGGAUAUUAUUCAGACACUAGACAUAGGUAUUCAUGGGGGGUCUUUGACCUGCUUUGCGACCCGAGGCAAUGCAAGCUCUGAUGAACCUAAAUCAGAUUCGGUGAGUAUCCCUGACAGAUUCCCACAGCUGUUUAGUGAUAAGAUUGGAAAGGUUAAGGGCUUUAAACACAAAAUCAAAGUGCGUUCAGAUGUUAAGCCUGUGCAACAAAAAUUGCGCCGAUUGCCAUUUGCAGUGCGUAAUGCUGUUUCUGCCGAGCUGAAGAAAUUGGAAAAUUCUGAUAUCAUAGAACGUAUUGAUGCAAGUGAAUGGAUUUCUCCUAUCGUGGUAGCAUGGAAAAAAGAUGGCUCAGUCCGUGUAUGCGUAGAUUUGAGAAAACCUAAUGAAGCCAUUAUAGAGGAUAGGUAUCCACUUCCUAAUAUUGACGAAAUGAUAAGUGAAAUGCAUGGUGCAACCCAUUUUUCAAAGCUUGAUUUGAAAUCCGCCUACCAUCAACUUGAAUUGGUGGAAAGCAGCCGAGAUCUGACGGCAUUCAUUACACAUGAAGGUCUGUUCCGUUUUAAGCGUGUUUGCUUCGGUCUUUCUUCUGCACCAUCAUGUUUUCAAAAAAUGAUGUCUACAAUUUUGUGCAAUGUUCCAGGUGUUCAGUGUUUCAUUGACGACGUGAUUGUUUACGGCCGAACUAAAGCUGAACAUGAUCGCAACUUGAACUUGGUACUCCAGCGGUUGAUUGAUGCUGGUUUGACGUUGAAUGACAAAUGUGAGUUCAAUGUUCCAUCCCUUACAGUUUUGGGUCAUGUGAUCUCGAAGGACGGUGUGCGUCCAAACCCUGAUUUAGUCAAAGCCAUUUCUGAUGCACCUGUACCGACUAAUAAGGAUCAGUUGAGGUCUGUUUUAGGGCUCUGCGGUUACUAUUCCAAAUUUGUGCCAAACUUUGCAGCGCGUGUACAACCGAUGCGAUGUAUUCAAACUGCUGAGAAAUUCAAAUGGACUGAAGAAGCUAACAAAGCUUUCAAGGACAUUAAGUCUGCUAUAGUUAACAGCCCUGCUCUUGCUCUAUUCGAUCCAUACCUUGAUAUCAUUGUAACUACAGAUGCUAGUGGAUAUGGUUUAGGUGCAACACUCACACAGGUGAAAAAUGGUUCAGAAGUUAUAGUUGCAUGCGCAUCUCGCAGUCUAACUGCAUUAGAAUUGAAAUAUUCUGUGGGAGAGCGUGAAGCUUUAGCAUGCGUAUGGGCAGUAGAAAAGUGGCAUACAUAUUUGUGGGGUCGUAGAUUCACUUUGCGUACAGAUCACCAAGCACUUGUGACACUGUUGAGUUCAAAAGGGACGGGUCACAAACCAAUGCGAAUUGCGCGAUGGGCAAUGCGGUUGUUACACUACACAUAUGACAUACAGUACAAACCCGGUGUUCAAAAUAAAGUGCCGGAUGCACUUUCUAGAUUGCCAUUGUCUACUAAUAAAGACAAAAUCCAGGAUGAGGAUGAGGCUGAGGCUGUGUGCCAACUUUGGUUUGAACAUGUAGAACAUAACAUUGCGAUAACCAGAGAACGUUUACAGCGAGCAACGUCUGAGAGCUCGAUUUGUACUCGUAUUUCCCAAUACAUUCAGAAUGGAUGGCCUUGUACAAAAACAGAAAUUAUUAAUGAUCUGAAACCAUUCUUUCAGGUGAAAGAUGAGUUGUCUGUACAUGACGGCAUUAUUUUCCGUGGGGAACGGGUGAUAGUGCCAGAUGAACUUUGUGCACAUGUGGUGAACUUGGCACAUGAAAGUCAUCAAGGUAUAGUGCGUACAAAACAGAGGCUGAGAGAUUUGUAUUGGUGGCCAAAGAUGGAUAUUCAGGUUACUGAGCUGGUAAAGUCGUGCAUUACUUGUCAGUUGAAUGACAAAUCUGCUGUUACGCGGACAGCACCUACGCAGCCAGUACCACUUCCGAAUGCUGCAUGGAAAAAACUUGGUCUCGAUUUUGUCGGGCCAGACUAUUCUGCACCGCCUGAACGGCGAUAUAUUAUUUCCAUGAUUGAUUACAGGAGCAAAUGGCCAGAGGUAGCAUUCGCUUCGGAUAUAAGUACCAAAACAGUGCUGAAGUUUCUUGUUACAGUUUUCAGUCGAGAAGGUUAUCCCGACGAAAUUGUUACAGAUAAUGGGCCUCAAGUGGUGUCCCAUGAAUUUGAAGAAUUUCUACGACACAGAAAUAUAAAACACAGGUUUUCUUCGGUUUAUCAUCCGGAAGGAAACAGUGAGGUUGAACGUUUAAACAAAAUUCUGUCCGAAACCAUUCAGUCUGCAAGAAUUCAGAAAAAGGAUGUGAAAAGCACAAUGGUACAAUUUCUUGGUGCAUAUAGAGCGACUAAGCAUGCUACUACAGGCGAGUCUCCGUCUUUUAUGCUGCAUGGCCGACAUAUGCGUACAAUGCUUGACAUUAAAGGGGUAACGCUUUAUCCCAAUCCAUCUACUAGUACUGAGGUUGAAAAUAGAGUGGCAGCGAAACAAGCUAAGAGCAAGGCAUAUGCUGAUAAGCGGAAAGGCACAAAAGCGAGAUUUUUCAAACCUGGUGACUAUGUUCGCAUAAGAAAACCAUGGCAUGUCAAAAAGGGUGAGAGCAAAUUCACUGCACCGAUAAAGAUUGUUUCUCAGAUUAGUCCUUUUACUUACAAAAUGGAAAAUGGUUCAAAUUGGAAUGUUAAAUUUCUUGCUCCUUUUUAUGGUAAAGUACCUAACCAGUUUGAUGAGGGGGAAGAUGUGUGGUUUGAAACUCAGGUACACAAUCACUUUGAACAAAACCAUAAUCCAAAUAUACCACAACGUGUUAGAGAACCCAGAGUUCGCAGAUUACCUGCAUGGACCAAAGACUAUGUUAUGAAGUGA